AUGGUGAUGCAGUACAAUGACAGAGAAUCUACAAUUACAACUGAGUACACAACAGACAGUACAACAACAGCAGAACGAACAGCAGAAACAACUGCAGUGACCGCUACAAAUAUUCUAACAAGUACAAUUCAGGAACCCACAAUUAAAGAAGAAAUAACAACUGAAUCUAUAAUUACAACUGAAUACACAACAGAAAGUACAACAACAGCAGAUACAACUGCGGAAACAAGUGCAGUGUCUGCUACAUCUGGUCCAACAAGUACAACUCAGGAACUGACUGCAGAGCAAAUAACAACUGAGAUAAAUUAUCUAUCCACUACACAAUCAAUAACAAAAUCUACAAUAACUAAUGAAUACACACCAGACAGUACAACCACAGCAGAAACAACAGCAGAAACAUUUGCAGUGACUGCUACAACUAGUCUAACAAGGACAUCUCAAGAACCAACUACAGAGCAAAUAAUUACUGUCACAAAUGAGCUAUCCACUACACAACCAACAACAGAAUUUACCAUUAUAUCCGAAUACGCAACAGAAAGUACAACAACAGCAGAACCAACAGCCGAAACAAGUGCAGUGUCUGCUACAUCUGAUCCAACAAGUACAACCCAGGAACCAACUGCAGAGCAAAAAACAACUGUCACAAAUGAGCAAUACACUACACAACCAACAAUAGAAUCUACAAUUACAACUGAGUACACAACAGACAGUACAACAACAGCAGAACCAACAGCAGAAACGUCAGCAGAAACAACUGCAGUGACCACUACAACUAUUCUAACAAGUACAAUUCAGGAACCCACAAUUACAAAAGAAAUUACAACUGAAUCUAUAAUUACAAAUGAAUACACAACAGAAGUUAAAACCACAGCAGAACCAACAGCAGAAACAAGUGCAGUGUCUGCUACAUCUGGUCCAACAAGUACAACUCAGGAACCAACUGCAGAGCAAAUAACUACUGUGAAAAUUGAUCUAUUCACUACACAACCAACAAUAGAAUCUACAAUUACAAAAGCAUACACAACAGACAGUACAACCACAGCAGAAACAUAUGCAGUGACUCCUACAACUAUUCUAACAAGUACAUCUCAAGAAGCAACUACAGAGCAAAUAAUUACUGUCACAAAUGAGCUAUUCACUACACAACCAACAACAGAAUUUACCAUUAUAUCCAAAUACACAACAGAAAGUACAACCACAGCGGAACCAACAGCAGAAACAACUGCAGUGACCACUACAAAUAUCAUAUCAAGUACAAUCCAGGAACCCACAAUUACAGAAAAAAUAACAACUGAAUCCAUAAUUACAACUGAAUACACAACAGAAAGUACAACCACAGCAGAAACAAGUGCAGUGUCUGCUACAUCUGGUCCAACAAGUACAACUCAGGAACCCACUGCAGAGCAAAUAACAACUGUGACAAAUGAGCUAUCCACUACACAAUCAACAACAGAAUCUACAAUUACAAAAGAAUACACAACAGACAGGACAACAACAGCAGAAACAACUGCAGUGACCACUACAAACUAUUUAACAAGUACAAUUCAGGAACCCACAGUUAAAGAAGAAAUAACAACUGAAUCUAUAAUUACAACUGAAUACACAACAGAAAGUACAACAACAGCAGAAACAACUGCAGAAACAAGUGCAGUGUCUGCUACAUCUGGUCCAACAAGUACAACUCAGGAACCCACUGCAGAGCAAAUAACAACCGUCACAAAUGUGCUAUCCACUACACAACCAACAAUAGAAUCUACAAUUACAAAAGCAUACACAACAGACAGUACAACCACAGCAGAACCAACAGCAGUGACUGCUACAACUGGUCCAACAAGUAUAUCUCAAGAACCAACUUCAGAGCAAAUAAUUACUGUCACAAAUGAGCUAUCCACUACACAACCAACAAAAGAAUUUACCAUUAUAUCCAAAUACACAACAGAAAGUACAACCACAGCAGAACCAACAGCAGAAACAACUGCAGUGACCACUACAAAUAUCCUAUCAAGUACAAUUCAGGAACCCACAAUUACAGAAAAAAUAACAACUGAAUCCAUAAUUACAACUGAAUACACAACAGAAAGUACAACCACAGCAGAAACAAGUGCGGUGUCUGCUACAUCUGGUCCAACAAGUACAACUCAGGAACCCACUGCAGAGCAAAUAACAACUGUGACAAAUGAGCUAUCCACUACACAAUCAAUAACAAAAUCUACAAUAACUAAUGAAUACACACCAGACAAAUUUACCAUUAUAUCCGAAUACGCAACAGAAAGUAACAACAGCAGAACCAACAGCGAAACAAGUGCAGAACCAACAGCAGAAACAACUGCAGUGACCACUACAAAUAUCCUAUCAAGUACAAUUCAGGAACCCACAAUUACAGAAAAAAUAACAACUGAAUCCAUAAUUACAACUGAAUACACAACAGAAAGUACAACCACAGCAGAAACAAGUGCGGUGUCUGCUACAUCUGGUCCAACAAGUACAACUCAGGAACCCACUGCAGAGCAAAUAACAACUGUGACAAAUGAUCUAUUCACUACACAAUCAACAACAGAAUCUACAAUUACAAAAGAAUACACAACAGCAGAACGAACAGCAGAAACAACUGCAGUGACCGCUACAAAUAUUCUAACAAGUACAAUUCAGGAACCCACAAUUAAAGAAGAAAUAACAACUGAAUCUAUAAUUACAACUGAAUACACAACAGAAAGUACAACAACAGCAGAAACAACUGCAGAAACAAGUGCAGUGUCUGCUACAUCUGGUCCAACAAGUACAACUCAGGAACUGACUGCAGAGCAAAUAACAACUGAGAUAAAUUAUCUAUCCACUACACAAUCAAUAACAAAAUCUACAAUAACUAAUGAAUACACACCAGACAGUACAACCACAGCAGAAACAACAGCAGAAACAUUUGCAGUGACUGCUACAACUAGUCUAACAAGGACAUCUCAAGAACCAACUACAGAGCAAAUAAUUACUGUCACAAAUGAGCUAUCCACUACACAACCAACAACAGAAUUUACCAUUAUAUCCGAAUACGCAACAGAAAGUACAACAACAGCAGAACCAACAGCCGAAACAAGUGCAGUGUCUGCUACAUCUGAUCCAACAAGUACAACCCAGGAACCAACUGCAGAGCAAAAAACAACUGUCACAAAUGAGCAAUACACUACACAACCAACAAUAGAAUCUACAAUUACAACUGAGUACACAACAGACAGUACAACAACAGCAGAACCGUCAGCAGAAACAACUGCAGUGACCACUACAACUAUUCUAACAAGUACAAUUCAGGAACCCACAAUUACAAAAGAAAUUACAACUGAAUCUAUAAUUACAAAUGAAUACACAACAGAAGUUAAAACCACAGCAGAACCAACAGCAGAAACAAGUGCAGUGUCUGCUACAUCUGGUCCAACAAGUACAACUCAGGAACCAACUGCAGAGCAAAUAACUACUGUGAAAAUUGAUCUAUUCACUACACAACCAACAAUAGAAUCUACAAUUACAAAAGCAUACACAACAGACAGUACAACCACAGCAGAAACAUAUGCAGUGACUCCUACAACUAUUCUAACAAGUACAUCUCAAGAAGCAACUACAGAGCAAAUAAUUACUGUCACAAAUGAGCUAUUCACUACACACCCAACAACAGAAUUUACCAUUAUAUCCAAAUACACAACAGAAAGUACAACCACAGCAGAACCAACAGCAGAAACAACUGCAGUGACCACUACAAAUAUCAUAUCAAGUACAAUUCAGGAACCCACAAUUACAGAAAAAAUAACAACUGAAUCCAUAAUUACAACUGAAUACACAACAGAAAGUACAACCACAGCAGAAACAAGUGCGGUGUCUGCUACAUCUGGUCCAACAAGUACAACUCAGGAACCCACUGCAGAGCAAAUAACAACUGUGACAAAUGAUCUAUUCACUACACAAUCAACAACAGAAUCUACAAUUACAAAAGAAUACACAACAGCAGAACCAACAGCAGAAACAACUGCAGUGACCGCUACAAAUAUUCUAACAAGUACAAUUCAGGAACCCACAAUUAAAGAAGAAAUAACAACUGAAUCUAUAAUUACAACUGAAUACACAACAGAAAUACAACAACAGCAGAACCAACAGCAGAAAAGUCAGCAGAAACAACUGCAGUGA